GCCCCGGCUUGCGGCGGGGCCAAGGGGCGGCGGAGCGCAGCGCCCGGGGCACCCUCCUGUGCGGGGCAGCGGAACGGAGUCCGCGGGGGACGCUGCGGAGCCCUUGGGUCCCGCGGGCUCUCGCUGGCGGCCCUGUCCAGCGCGGCUGCCGCGCUCCACCCCAGAGGUGGCUGCAUGGGCAGAAGCCCUGGCCGCGGGGAGGGCGCAGCGGGCCGAGGCUGGGUACAGGGCGGUCCCCGCUGGACUCUCCUUAGGUCGGGGGAGGGGGCCUCUGGAUUGACCCCGUGUCCGAUGGGGGGGCUGGUUAUGGGGCAAAUGUCUGCUCCCAGCAGCCCAGCCCCCCCGGAGAGCGCCACGGCCUGGUCUCCAGGGCGCUGGGCUGUCGCUUCGCUGGGCCCCGAUCCAGGCCGGGGGCCCCCCCCGGGCUGUCGCCCCUCAUUGCGGUGAGGUGGCAAGUGGGUUCCCCUCCCCGCUGUUGGGGCUGGGUUUGUGGAGAUGUAGCUGAGGGGGGAUGCAGGGAACUGUGCCAGGGAGCUGUCCCCCCUCCGGGUCACCCCCUGCCCUUGUGCUCUCCUCAGGUGUCCCUACACGGUGGGUCUGGUGGGAUCCCCUUUGCGCCUUCCCACUCGUGUGGGGCUGGGGCAUGGCUAACGCGCCAGGGCUGGUGUUCGGUGCCGCGGGGUCUGUUUGGGCGGCCCCUGGGCUGGUCCCUCUGAGCUGCGCCAAGGCCGCUGUGCGACUGAGUUGUUGCUUUGUAGGUGCUUGCCCUGGUCUCCCCAGGGUGGGCUGGGUGCCCCCUGCUGCCCCUGGCACUCUGCAGCCCCUGGCCCUGCAGGCUUGUUGGCACUUGUUUGCCCUUGGGCAGCAUCCGCCACACGUGAUGUUUAUUUCAUGCUGGGCCCACCAGCCCCUGGGGGGGGGGUAUAAAUAGGGGCUGACGCUGGCCAGGGCCGGGACAGGUGCACGGCCCUCCAGGGCAGCAAGGCACGGCCGGAAUGCCAGCCGCAGCCAGCAGGACGCCUGGGCAGCAGUGACGGGAGAUGGCAGAGCAGGAACUAGACACCCCCCUUCCCCUGGGCGUAUGGGGCCCAGCCAGUGCCACCUGGGCUGGGGAGGCCGAGCCAGCCAGGGAGAGAGUGAUCCAGGGAGAGCCGUGCACAGCCCAGGGUCAGGCCUGCUAAGGGCCCAACCUGGGAAUGUCCCGUUCCCACUCCCACUUGGCAGAGCUAGGAGUGACAGGGUUCAUGGGGAGCUGGGCAGAGCACUUCCAGCCUCCUUCCCAGCGCCCAGCUCUGCCACUGACCCGCUAUGACCCCGGGCAGGUCCCUACCCUGCUCCGUGUCUGUUUCCCAGCUGUAGAGAUGGCCUGGCCUCGCAACACCCCCAGAGUUUUAAUUCAUGUUCCGUGCCCCCUGAGCCAGCCAGUCUCCAUCCUGGGGCCAGAUGGGAGCCAGCACCCCCCAGAGGGGAAAGGCCCCGCAUCCCAUUCCCCACCCCCCUGAGUCAGCCAGUUCAAGCCCUGGGGCUGGAGCCAGUGCCCCCCCAGAGGGGAAAGGCCCCAUGUCCCAUUCCCCACCCACCCUAGGGCCGAAUGAGAGAUACUGCCCCUGGACGGGAAAGCCCCUGUCUCCCAUUCCCUGUCCCCUGAGCCAGCCAGUCCCCACCCUGGGGUUAGAUGGGAGCCAGUGCCCCCUAGGCGGUAAAGGUCCCAGGUCCCAUUCCCUGCCCCCAUGAGCCAGCCAGUCCCUGCCCUGGGGUGGAUCGGAGCUGGUGCCCCCCAGAGGGGAAAGGCCCCAUGUCCCAUGGGGAUGCUCCAUCUCCUACAUUUCAUGCCCUGGCUGCACCCUCUACCUUUCCUGCCCCUCCUUCUCCCCAGGUAAGUGGCGACAGGUAUGAGGGGAAGGUGCGGGCCUUCGAGGUGCUGGCGAGGGGAGCAGCGCAGGAGCCCGAGGGCUGGCGGCAUGGCGUGGCCAGGGUCCGGGAUGCCGUCAGCGAGGAGAAGCAGAAGGUGAAGGAAGAGAAGAGGAAGAAGCUUGAGACGUUCGACAGCACCCGUGUGCGGCUGGAGAGUCUCCAAGACCUGGAGGCGAUCGUGAGGCUGCGGAAGCACAAGAGGAGCCGGAAGAGGGUCCGCCCCAAGGAGCCCGAGCCGGCUGUGCCGGCUGAGCCUGUGGACGCUGCCCGGUUCCUGCAGGCGGUGCUGGAGAACCAGGUUCCCAUGAUUGACAAGUACCUGGCAGACGGUGGGGACCCCGAUGCUCACGACCAGUUCAGGUGCACGGCGCUGCACUGGGCCUGCCUCCGGGGCCAUGCAGAGAUCGUGGACAAGCUGCUGGCGGCUGGAGCCAAGCUGGAGCCCAGGGACAUGCUGGAGGCCACGCCUAUGCUCUGGGCCUGCCGCGGGGGGCACCUGGACAUUCUCCAACGCCUGCUGGACAGAGGAGCCAAGAUCUCCACGCGGGACAAGCUGAGGAGCACGGCGCUGCACGUGGCUGUCCGGACAGGGCACUGUGACUGCGCCGAGCGCCUGAUCGCCUGUGGAGCCGAGAUUGAUGCACAGGACAAGGAGGGGGACACGCCCAUUCACGACGCCAUCCGGCUGGGCCGCUUCAAGGCUGUGAAGACCCUGCUGAUGUAUGGUGCCAACCUCAGCGUCCGGAACCAGGUGGGCACCAUGUGGGGCUCCCCCAGGGGCAGCUCAGGAGGGCAGGGGCUGCUCCCCCUGUCCAGCCAGGGGGCUUGUAGCCAAUGGUACAAGACAUCCAACCCUAGGGGCUUGGACUCCUGGGUUCUGUCCCAGCUCUGGGAGGGGAGUGGGGGCUAGUCGGUCGCAGCAGUGGGGGCUGGGAGCCCGGACUUCUGGGUUGUAUCCCAGCUCUGGGACCGUGGCUAGGAGCUCGUGGUCAGAUAUGGGACGAGUAUUGUGAGCCCUGCUCAAGCUCCUCGGCCCGGUUGUUCCUGCUCCAACUGGAGUCUUGGCUGAUUGCAGGAGCCCCAGGGGAGAGCUCCCCACAUGCUGCCUCCAGGCCUGCCCCAUGCUCUCUGCAAAGCCCUGCCCUGCCCAGCCCAGCGGGCUCUGCCCCCUCCCUGGACUGCUUGAAUAGAGUGCGCGCUGGCUUCACGGCGGCCGUCCUGGCCUAGUGCCAGGGAAGGGGCUCGUGCCCAGCGGCAGCCUAACAGAGUCUGCUCCCUGCAGGAAGCCCUGCGACCCGUGGACCUGGUGAAGGACUGGCAGAGGGGCAUCCGACAAACCUUGCAGGCGUGUGCCGACCAGCAGCGCCCCCCUCGGCCGCACUGACGCAGCAGGACCAGCGUUCAAUCCCCUCCCCCACUACUGACCACUGAGGGGGUCUGGGCCCUGCCGUGAGCCACCUCAGUGCCCUCUGCAGGCCGUGCUCAUCCCUACAUGGCUCCCAUGUCUGGCCAGGGGAUAGGGCCACCCGUCUCUGGAGGGCUCGUGGGGUGGGGGGAGGGCGGUGAGGUUUGAGCCGGACGCUCCCCUAUUCCUGCUUGUAUGGGGAUGUGUCCCUUUCCCUGGAGCUGCCCCUUGGCCAGGUGAGGUCCUUGCCAUCCCUUGGGGAAACUGAGGUAUGGAGGGGCUAAGACUUGCCCAUGGCCACACAGCCAGUUAGUGGGAGAGCUGGAGAUGAACCCAGGAGUCCUGCUGUUUUGCCCAGCCCCACUCCAACCACUAGGAGGCACCAUCUCCCCAUGGCCCGCACCACAAGGAGAGGAACUGCCCUGGGGGUCUGAGCGGACCCCCUCCCCCUUCUGGGCCCUGGCCUGGCCCCCUCCCACUUCUGGGCAGGCAAGCCCUGCGGCCUUCCCGAGGCCAUGCUGGAAGGAACACUGCUGCCCCCCAGGGGUAGGCACCUGUUGCACCCCAGGGUUAGCUGGGGGGGCGGGGCUGACUGCAGGGAGAGGCUGAGCCAGCCCUGGGGGUAGAAAAUGGGGCAGUGAGACGGGUCAGCUGGGCCCAGGCCAGCGCAGGUUCCUGGCUGCUGGAGGCAGGCGGCUUUCCUGGCCUGGCCUCGGCCGUCUCACGGUCACUCUGUGCCCUGGGCUGCCCCCUAAGGGUGUGCAGGCCUGGCCCCCAACCCCCUGGCUGGCAGGGCCUGGUGCCUGAGGGGCUCCUGCUGCUGCUCCCCCCCAGCCCCUCACCUCUGCCCAUGGCCAAGGGGGCAGCUGCACCCAGCCUCCUGUAGCUGUGAGCGCAGCCCCUGCCUUACCCUUGGCCUCCAGCAGCCUGGCUGUGCCAGCUCCCAGCCAUACGUGUCCCCUGGGCUCAGGCAGUGGGUAACAGCAGCAGGGUAGGAGAUGGCUAACAGCUGGGGGGAGAGGUGCCCUCUCACAGCCUGGCACAGGACAGGCACAGCCCCCUCUGUUCCCCCAGUCCCCGGGAGCGCUGCUGGCCCCGGAGGAGGUGAGCUGGUUGAGCCGCCUGUGGAGAUAGGGAGACUAGAGCCCAAGGAACAGGGGACCCUCCAGCCAGUUAGCCUGGAGCCAGCCAGCACCCACCGGCAACACACUGAGUCUGCCCUGACCCCAGCCUGGUUCUGGCUCUUCCCUAAGUCCUAGGGGGAAGGUGCCCAGGCUGAGGGACAUGGUCCUGCUUCUCUGCUGCUGGCCUUGGGUGAGUCCUGUCCCCUGCCUCAGUUUCCCUAUGUGUAAAAUGGGGCUAACAGUGAAUGGAGCCAGCUUCUGAGUUCAUGCCCAGCCCAUUGGGCAGCUCUCAGAGCCGCAGGCUGCCACCUCAGCACUGCAGGUCAGGCUGAGACCAUGUGGGUUGCAACGGACAUAUUUAAUGUGCCCAGGAAGCUGCUGCGGCUGGAGUAUGGCCCCUGGGCCCCCUCUUACACACGCUGGCACGGGCAGCACUUCUCCCCCGCCAGAACUGCUACCUGGGUGCUAAUGGAGCUGGAUGGACCCACGCUCUGGGGCAGCCGGCCUAGGAGAGUGCCUGCAACGCUGGCAUAGCGCAGACUUGGUACAGGGCUGCCCUCCCUCCCCCCCGGCCUGGCACCAGUGCCCUUUGAAUGCUGGCCUUAGCAGGGCCCCCGGCAGGUAGAGGCUCUAGCUCCCUGCUGGGAGGGUAAGGAACUCUGUGCCCAGGGCUGGGGGGGUGAGGUUAGAGGAGACACUCCCUGCACCCCUGCCCUGGCUCCUGCCUGGGACUACAGCUCCCAGUGCCAGUCACUGCCUGAAGCGGCCCCACCUGUGCCCCAAUACUGCUGGGAUGGGCACAGGCCAGAGCAGGCACAAGUGCACAAGGCGGCAGCAGGUACAGCCGGGAAUCUGCCCUAGCCGCAGCCCCCAGCUCCCUGCAGAGUGGGCUCCAGGCCUGCGGGUACCCGGCCCCUAGGCAAUUGAAUAAAGCUCCCUUCCAAGCA